AUGUCCGCCCCCGUCAAGACCGGCAAGAAGACUCGCUCGGCCAUCGCCGACGUUGUCACCCGCGAGUACACCAUCAACAUGCACAAGAGAAUGCACGGUGUUUCCUUCAAGAAGCGUGCUCCUCGUGCUAUCAAGGAGAUCCGCGCUUUCGCUACCCGUGCUAUGGGUACCACCGACGUCCGUGUCGACCCCCAGCUCAACAAGAAGGUCUGGGAAGCCGGUGUCAAGGGCGUCCCCUACCGUCUCCGUGUCCGCAUCUCCCGCAAGCGUAACGACGAGGAGGGCGCCAAGGAGAAGCUCUACUCCUACGUCCAGGCUGUCAACGUCAAGGAUGUCAAGGGUCUUCACACCGCCGUUGUCGAUGAGGAGUAA